CUCUCGUCUCCGUCAAGGCUUCCCAGUACUGGCGAGAGCGCCCCUGCUUAACAUGGCGUCGGACGGAAUGAUUUUAACCAACCACGACCACCAAAUCCGGGUCGGUAUAUUAACAGUCAGCGAUAGCUGCUUCAGAAAUCUUGCUGAAGAUCGCAGUGGAAUCAACCUUAAAGAUCUCAUUCAUGAUCCAUCUUUCUUCCAGGUGCGUACCCCUGUACCCCCUCACUCAGUCACUCGAAUUCUCAUCAGGAUGGUGGUGUACAGUAUUGAGCAGUGCGACAAGGCUUGGAGGCAUAAUCUCUGCAUACAAAAUAGUCCCUGAUGAGGUAGAUGAGAUCAAGGAGACACUGGUGGACUGGUGUGACGAGAAAGAACUCAACCUUAUUCUGACCACAGGUGGAACUGGCUUUGCUCCCCGUGAUGUCACACCAGAGGCCACUAGAGAGGUGAUUGAGCGUGAAGCUCCAGGGAUGGCUUUGGCUAUGCUCAUGGGCUCCUUAAAUGUCACACCACUUGGCAUGCUGUCCAGACCUGUGUGUGGAAUCAGAGGCAAAACUCUCAUCAUUAAUCUGCCUGGCAGCAAGAAAGGGUCACAGGAGUGUUUCCAGUUCAUCCUGCCUGCUUUACCCCAUGCGAUUGACCUGCUGCGGGAUGCCGUAGUGAAAGUAAAGGAAGUGCACGAUGCUCUAGAGGACCUGCCCUCACCUCCUCCGCCUCUUUCACCUCUACCCGUCACCAGCCCUCACAAGCAGACUGAGGACAAGGGUGUCCAGUGUGAGGAGGAAGAGGAGGAGAAGAAGGACAGUGGCAUCGCCUCCACUGAGGACAGCAGCUCCUCUCACAUUACAGCGGCAGCCAUCGCUGCAAAGAGUAUGAAGUCCCAUCCCAACUCUGCUAUUGUCAUGGCCAAAGGUGGGCAGCCCCUGACUGGGUUCACCCCUUUUUCCACACUCCCCUCUCAUUUCACCUGCUCCUGUAGCAACAAGAUUCCAGACUCUAUCAUAUCGCGGGGUGUUCAGGUUUUGCCACGGGACACAGCCUCUCUCAGCACCACGCCCUCAGAGUCUCCACGUGCUCAGCAGUCCCGGCUCUCUACUGCCUCCUGCCCCACCCCCAAAGCCUCACGGAGAGAGUUCAGGGCGCACUUGGAUGAGGUCAUCACCCUCAAGUCUAGGUACUCAACCUUGGACCAGCUCCAUUCUAGGCUGGAAGGGCUCAGAGCUGAUCACAGGAGCCAUAGGACCUACGACUCACGAGUGCAGUCACGGUGUGGCAGCAAGGAGAACAUCCUAAGAGCAAGUCACAGUGCAGUGGACAUCACUAAAGUGGCAAGGAGACACCGCAUGUCCCCUUUUCCCCUCACGUCCAUGGACAAAGCCUUUAUCACUGUGCUGGAAAUGACUCCUGUCCUGGGCACUGAAAUAAUCAACUAUAGAGGCCCCAGCACAGGCGACUUGGCCCCUCCAGUGCAUAAAAGCGUCUGGCGCCUGACUGGCUCCGACUGGAGGAAGGUCCCUGUCUAUACUGGUACCGGAGCAAAGCCAGAGAGGAGAAACCCCUGGCAAUACACAGAUGGAAUGGGUCGAGUCCUGGUUCAGGACGUCUAUGCCAAAGACAACCUGCCCCCUUUUCCAGCCUCAGUUAAAGAUGGCUAUGCUGUUCGAGCUGCUGAUGGCCCUGGAGAUCGUUUCAUCAUCGGAGAAUCCCAGGCUGGGGAACAGCCAACUCACACGGUGAUGCCAGGCCAGGUGAUGAGGGUGACGACGGGUGCUCCCAUUCCUUGUGGAGCGGAUGCUGUAGUGCAAGUAGAGGAUACAGAGCUCCUGCGAGAGUCUGAAGAUGGCACCGAAGAAUUGGAGGUCCGGAUUCUGGUACAGGCACGUCCAGGCCAAGACAUAAGGCCAAUAGGCCAUGAUAUAAAGCGUGGGGAAUGUGUGCUGGCAAAAGGAACACACAUGGGCCCAUCAGAAAUUGGCCUGCUGGCCACUGUGGGUGUCACAGAGGUGGAAGUGCAUAAGUUCCCUGUUGUUGCAGUUAUGUCCACUGGCAAUGAAUUGUUGAACCCUGAAGACGACCUCCAUCCAGGGAAAAUCAGGGACAGUAACCGGUCUACAUUACUCGCCACCAUCCAGGAGCAUGGUUAUCCUACUAUUAACCUUGGCAUCGUCGGAGACAACCCAGAUGACCUGCUGAACGCCCUGAAUGAGGGCAUCAGCCGUGCAGACGUCAUCAUCACGUCUGGUGGAGUGUCGAUGGGAGAGAAGGACUACUUAAAGCAGGUUCUGGACAUUGACCUCCAUGCCCAAAUUCACUUUGGUCGGGUGUUUAUGAAGCCAGGUCUUCCUACCACCUUUGCAACCUUGGACAUUGACGGCACCCGGAAGCUGAUCUUUGCCCUGCCAGGUAAUUUCACCUACAGAGAUACUGGGGCAACUCUCCUCGAGGCCGUGCCCAUGAGUGACAGCGAGGUUAGCAGGCUGCCUGUGCCUCCUCCCCCACGCAGAAGUAACCCAGUGUCAGCUGUUGUCACCUGUAAUCUCUUCGUCAUCCCUGCACUGAGAAAGAUGCAGGGCAUCCUGGACCCAAGGCCCACUAUCAUCAAAGCCAGGCUCUCUUGUGAUGUUAAGCUGGAUCCACGUCCUGAGUAUCACAGAUGUAUAUUGACGUGGCAUCACCAGGAGCCCCUGCCCUGGGCACAGAGCACAGGAAACCAAAUGAGUAGUCGACUCAUGAGUAUGCGCAGUGCCAAUGGACUUCUGAUGUUACCUCCCAAAACAGAGCAAUACGUGGAGCUGCACAAAGGCGAGGUGGUGGAUGUCAUGGUCAUAGGACGGCUAUGAUGUCGCCUUAAGUGGGAUGUGAGACGUGAACAAAGAAAAAAGUGGUGCAUGUCCACAUAUAAUUUACUACUCUGUAAUAUGCAACGGCACAGUUAGUUUUUAUUGAUUUGAAUAAAGUUGAAGUAUAAUUAGUGUUUCCACAAGAACAACUACAUGGAAAAUUUACGAAAAGACUAUAAAGACAUCU